AACUACAACACCAGGAAAUGAGCUUCAAAAACGAAGUCUGGUUUUGGCCGCUUGGUACAGACGACCCACAAGGGAAUCUAGUCUCACCGGGCGAUUGGCGGUCAUGGCGCUUGACAGGGUUUUGACCAUAGACACAUGCAAUCUAAAUACAAAACUUUUUUAUUAUGAAGAAGAGAAUCUGAUAAAUGUGAGAUAUGCAAACCUAAAGAGAAUGUAAAAUGUGCUAAAAUGUAAGAUGAUGCAGAAAGAGAGAGACUUCAUACAAGAUGGGUCUAAAUGAUAAGCCAUUGUGGCUUAUCAUGCUGGGUCAUUGUGGUUUUAACAAGUGCCUGUAUGUUAUAGGCAGUAUUUAAACAUGUACUUUUAGUGUGCCACUGUGCCCGAAAUACAGUGCAGAAAGGGCAUCAUUCUUUAAAUAUCUAUCAGAUUUAGGAAUUUCUGUCUUUCCUCUUAAAUCUAUCCUUGGCCGAAACGAUAAUCAUCAGCUCAUUGAAAGAAAAGUUGUGCAGUUUUUUGUUUUUUUACGUAACUGAAGACGCGAGCCGAUAUUAUUGCUUUGACCAGUGGAGGGCAGUAAUACGCAUAUUAGCGUGUACACUGCCGGAAAAUCACAAGAAGAAGAAGAAGAAGACGAAGAAGAAGAAGAAAGAAAGAAGAAGAAGAAGAAGGAGGGUUCAGCAGGUCACGGCAUAGAUAUAGAUGUAUGUAUGUCUAUGGUUCACGGCAGCUUUAGUAAUAAACACGUGCGAGUUGAAAUUGUUUUAAGGUGCGGGUGUGGGGCUGGUUCCCUUGUGCAGUUCUGAUGGAGAAUUAUCAGAAAGCGCGCACAGUGGAGCAGCCUUUCCCCUGCCAGUUCCCUGGAUUGGCCAGUGAUACCCCCGAGGUUAGGGUGAAGGAGGGCAGCAAGAUCCGCAACCUGAUGGGCUUCGCCAUGGGCCGCAUGGAGGCCGAUACAUGCCGGCAGAUCCUCUUCUCUGGUGCUGGUAAAAGCAUUGCAAAGGCUAUCACUUGUACUGAGAUCCUUAAACGACGUAUGCGUGGCCUGCAUCAGUACACCCAGCUGCUGUACCGCACUGUACAGGAGGUGUGGGAACCCCUGGAGCCUGGUGCAGGCCUGGAUAGCCUCACUGUCAGCAGAAAUGUGCCUGCCAUUUGGGUACUGCUUUCCAAGGACCCCCUUGACAACACCCAGCCAGGGUACCAGGCACCCGGUUCCUUCAACACCCUGUGGGCACAGGCUGCCAGAGAGGAGGAGGCAGGGCCGGGGCAGAGGAGAAAGAGAGGUGUUGGUAGGGGAAAAGGGGGCUCCGUCAGGCAAGCAGGGGGUCGGGAAUAUUCUAAAAAAGACAACCGUGGAGGGGUCAUGUAAGAUUGUGAACAGCACAUUUUGGGAGCAGGUGGAGAACUUGUUGAUGAGCUGGUGUCCGCCUCAGUGUCAUGCGAUUGCUGACUGUGCUGAAACUCAUCCCUUCCUGUUCAUACAUUUAUUCACUGGGGUGGCGGAAACACAAAGCCAAUGUUGCCAAAUAUUCAGACCAGAAUGUUUCCAAAAUGGUUCUUGUGGAUGGGUGUUAUUUGCUCUUGGCAGGACUUGCAUUUUUUGAGGGAAGUAUUUUCCACAUAUUUCAGUUAUUUUUGACAAUUAUGACAAACUCAUGCUCAGCUCAUGGACUUCUUAAUUGUUGACUCAUGUUUCUUAGUUUUACUUUUCAUUUUGUGUUUUCGUGAGAUUUUGUAAGAAUGGUUUACAAGACUAAUUCUGGUGGAAAAAGUCCAUGUUGGCAACUCUGGACGGAACCUUCUUUGAAUGUCUGAAGGUCAAUGUAGGUGAACAAUUACAACGAAUUGCCGAAUUAAGAAAUAAUUUGAUCUUUGAGUUGUAGAGACAGCGUAGUAAUGUUUUUUUUUACGUAUUUGAAUUUUGUUUGUGUUUUUUGAAAUUUUUUGGGGGAUUUUGUUCUUUGUCAAGUACAAAUUAAAUGUACAGAUUUACAUAACUUUUUUAAAUUGAGUUUUGUUUUUUCAAGUGCAAAUUAAGUUUGAUUACAGUGGAUGCAUGUUUUAUUUGUUCUAUUGCGGUUUUAAAUUGUCUUUUGAUCUGAAAUCCAAAAGUAUAUAGCAAAAAUAACAAAAAUAACAAAUUUCACUCUACUGUUGCCACACACACACACACACACACAGUGCAGUAGGUAUUUUGACAGUGAUACAGUUUUAGUUGUGUUUGCUCUGUGUUCCAGCAUAUUUGAUUUGAAAUUAGAUAAUGAUUAUGAGAUUAAAGUGCAGGCUGUCGGCUAUAAUUUGAGGAUAUUUACAUCCAUACCCUGUGACGCAUUUAGGAAUUACAGUGUUUUUAUACAUGGUCCCUCCAAAUUUUCAUAAUCUAAAAUACCGACCCGGAUCUGAUCAUUUUUCCACUCUAGGUUGAUCUUCUAGUCACUGAUCGGAAAUCAUUGUUUGGCAUCUUCAAAAAAAAUUAUAUACCAGGUGAAGUUUCUUGUUUAAUUUUUUUAAUAGAUGUGGUCUGGGGAGAUUAAUGGUAUACUCAAACACCUAGCAAAUGGCAUACAGAGACAAGAUGGUGUUUCUAAAAAGUAUUUGUACAGAAAUGUUUAUUUUUAAUAAAGCAUAAAUACACGUUGCAUUUCAAAUGGAAUUUUGUAGAUGGCAGCCACUGGCAUGCAUGUUCAGUAUGCACAAAAGUAAUUAAACCCUGUUCUACGGUGGAGAAACACCUUGAUUUUACUACUAGAUUUGCAAUAUAAAUUUGGCAUGACAAAUAAGGUCUGGAAAGGAAACCGGUGUCGGAUUAUCUCAUGCAUGUUGAAAAUGCAAAUAUGUCAGCAUAGAUCUUGGUUCUCAACUUGUAUGACAGCUUCCCAGGAAGGAUUGAAGCUUAUUGAAUCUUUCUGCCUUCCCUCUCUGUAUUACACAAAAGGAAUCAGUCACUUCUUGAAAUCUGACAGCACUGGUUCAGAAAGCAUUCUGCCCUCUGAGUACCUGGCUCCCCCCAAGUUCCUGCUCCUAGUACACCCAGGCCUCAAUGCCAGUUUCUGUCAGUCUCUUGGAACUUGGUGUCAUGUCAGUCAGUCAGUCAGUCAGAACCUUUAUUUAAAUUCUCGGAGGUACAAUUGAGGGCCAGGCCCUCAUUUUCAAUGUAGCCGAGAUUACAAGCACAAUUAAAACACAAUAAGUAUAAUGACAUAUCACAAUAUAGCAGCAGUAACUAAGAUAGUAUAUAAUAAAGUAACUAGAAUAAAAUAAAGUAAAAUAUAAUAAAAUAAAUAAUAAAAUAAAUAAAAUCAAGCACAGAUAAGAUCAAAAACAGAUACAAUCAGAGACAGGAAUGUUCAAAACUAGCGAUCUGAACUGCCCAUAAGUUGGUAGAGAACUGAUUUUCAGCAAUUGUUGGAGCUCAUUCCAGGAGGAUGGGGCACUAAAAUGGAAUGCUGACUUCCCAAUUUCUGAUCGAGCCCGAGGGACCUUAAGCAUAAGCAAGCCAUUUGAUUGGGUUCAAUAGGGUCCAGAGCACCACUCUAACAACCUUGUAAUAUAAGGUGGAAGCAUGGCCUUAAAGAUAAACAAAAACCAGUGUUUAUCACGCCUCACUGCCAGAGAGGACAGACCCACCUUGGCAUAGAGAACACAGUGGUGGGUACCAUAACUAUCGCCAGUGAUAAAUCUGAGGGCAGAGUGAUAGACUGUGUCCAAGCGCUUAAGAGAAGAAGGAGCAGCAAUUCUAUAAAUAAUGUCACCAUAGUCUAACACUGAAAGGAAAACUGCUUUAACAAUUCUUUUUCUACUGAUCAUAGGGAAGCAAGAUCUGUUUCUAUAAAGGAAGCCAAUUUUUUGUCUCAGUUUGCUGACAAGAUCAUCUAUAUGGAAUUUAAAUGAGAAUUUCUCGUCAAGCCAGAUGUCAAGAUAUUUUUAUUCAGAAACUCUCAAUUUUAGAACUAUUUGCAGUGGAUAUAAAUAUACUAUCAUAAUCAGUGCUUCUGGCCUUAGUAAACAACAUGAAUUUUGUUUUGCUUGCAUUAAGAACCAGCUUAAACUUAACUGAAGGGCAUUAAAAGCAAGCUGCAGUUUCUCAAUGGCAAGCUGAGCAGAAUCAGCAAUACAAUAUACAAUAGUAUCGUCUGCGUAUAGAUGGACUUGACAAUCAUUUAGUGAGAAAACAAUAUUAUUAAUGUAAAUGGUGAAAAGGAUAGGGCCCAGAACUGAUCCCUGCAGAACCCCCUUUGACACCGGCAGGAAGCCAGACUGGGUGCUCACACACUGAAGUCUCCCAUACAAAUAAUUAUGAAACCACUCACAAGCUUUACCAUCUAAACCAAUGCUGCACAGCUUCUGUAAAAGCAAAGCGUGAUCCACUGUGUCGAAGACUUUAGACAGAUCUACAAAAAGGGUAGCACAGUGUUUCUUACUGUCUAGAGCAGACAUAAUAUUGUUUGUAACUAGCGUAACAGCUGAGAUAGUGCUAUGCUUGGCUGUAAAUCCGGAUUGAUGUGGGCUGAAUGACUAGAAAGAAAUACUUUGAGUUGAUUAUUUGCCAGAGAUUCCAGAAUUUUAGCUAGGCAUGGUAAUUUGGAGAUUGGUCUAUAAUUGUUUAGAUCAUUUCUAUCACCUCCUUUGUGCAGUGGAAAUACAUUGCCAAUUUCCAGAUACUAGGGAAUAUGCCUGUUGAAAUAGAAAGAUUGAAUAUGUGUGAUAACUGCUCUUAGAAAAAAAGGAUCUAAUUUUUCCGCUUCAGUAGAGGUCCUGGGAUCAAUGGUUUGCAAGGUCUCAAAAACAACACUAGCAGAGAAGGGCUGAAAGGAAAACUGAAAGGCCUGGUUCACAGUAUAUACACAAUCAUCACUAAUAAGAGGGGGUCCUGUAUAUUCCUUUUCGAAUAAAUGCCCAGCCUCGGCAAAGUGCUUGUUGAAAGCUAGGCAAACCUCAUUAUGAUCAGAGAUCAAACAGUCACCAGAAUCAAUGUGUGAAGGUAGGGAAGUAGUGGGUCUGUUUUUGAUGGAGUUCACUGCCUUCCAGAAUUUAGCUGGGUUAGCAUAGGAGCAGGUAAUUAGAUCUAGGUAAUAUUUGGAUUUGGCUACUCUUACCGAAGAUGUGCAUCUAUUCCUGAUUUGCCUGAAAGCUGCCCAGUGUGCAGGGUCACCAGAGUGUCUGACAAGAGACCAGGCUCUAUUCCUUUCUUUAAAUAAAGCUGCUAGCUCAGGUGAAAACCAGGGGGUGACUCUAUCUUUAAUCCUAAGUUUUUUUUAGUGGAGCAUGUCUAUCAAUGAUAGAAAGAAGAGUCUUUGUGAAGAAAUCCAGAGCCAAGUCGACAUCAGUAAUCUCAGAUGUGUAUUGUAUAUUACUAUGGCAAACGUCAGAUAAAAAGGCUUGCUCAUUAAAAUGUCUUAGAUUUCUCCUUAUAACCUUGUGAGAUUUUUUUUUCAUUAGCCGAGUACUUCUAAUGCAUCCAACAGGGUAAUGAUCACUGAUUCCAAGCUCAAAGACACCCCAGGCAGUGAUAUUAUCAACCCUAUUAGAAAAGAUAAGAUCAAUUAGGGUAGAUUUUGAGCUGUCUUUCAGAGUUGGCCUAGUGGGUUCUGUUAUUAGUUGGAAUAAGUUAUGGCCAGCACUAACCUCCUUGAAAUGAUCGGAAGUAUCAUUCAUCAGUAUCAUCACCCAUAACAAUCAAUUCAACAUCGGAAUAAUGAGACAGUAGAUCCGCUAUUGCAUCAAUGGAGCCUAACUCAGCAGAUGGGGGUCUAUAGACCCCAACCACAACCACAAUUACAGUUAGGCCCCAGCUGAACCUUCAGUGCAAGGAAUUCAAAAUUUCUUGGAAUUGUGACAGUUUUUAAGAUUGUUACAGAGAAACCUGUUUUAACAUAAUACUCACCCCUCCUCCCCUACCAGUUCUAUCCACUCUGUAUAAGUUGUAAUCCAUUAGAGCUACCUCCGAGUCACUGACACUAUUUUUAAGCCAAGUUUCACUUAAAACCAGUAUAUCAAGGUCAGUCUGCAUGACUAGUAUAUUUGCAUGAUCUAAUUUCUGAAGUAAACUUCUAAUAUUUAAGUGAAUAAUUCCUAAUCCUUUUUUGUUUUUGAAGGUAGUUGGAUUAAAUAGAGUGGGAACAGAGCUGGUGAUAGGAGGCUGAAGGGGAAUUGUAAUUAAAUUGGAAACAGUAACAGCACGGAUUGGAUAAUGAGUGGGAUAUCUAACAGAGAUUCGGGUAGGAAUGAUGGGAGGAGAGAUAUGCUGUUGAACAUUAAGUUCAAGGAUAGGAGAGUAGGGAGAGCCAGUGGUACAGACCGGAGGAGAAGGAAAGGCCACUGAGGACGAAGGAAAAAAUUGCACUCCUAACAGAUAGGGGGUGCUAGUACUGGAAACAGUGGCCUGAAAUAAAACCGGAGAAGAAGAGGGGAAUUUGGGUACGUGUGGGAGAGGUAAACAGUCAGUCACGUGGAGAGUACUAUAGCGUGCUGCAAGUUAGCCGCUAGCAUUCGGCUACCCUGCUUGUUUGGAUGGACUCCGUCUGACCUA